AUGGAGAGGAAGAGGGUGUUCCUCCUGAGGAGAAGAACCUCCAGCAUGCAGGCCCCCAGCUCCAGGUCUGUGCACCUGAGUGAAUGGCAGAAGAAUUACUUUGCCAUUACAUCUGGCAUAUGUACAUCAGAACAGAAGGCGGACGCAUACCGGGCACAGAUACUACGCAUCCAGUACGCGUGGGCAAACGCGGAGAUCUCCCAGCUCGGUGCUGCCGUGCUGUUCAAAAAAUAUGCAGAGAAAUACUCUGCAGUUAUUGAUUCUGACAAUGUCGAGACCGGCUUGAAUAACUACGCGGAAAGCAUUUUAACGUUAGCAAGAUCUCAGCAAACUGACAGUGACAGGUGGCAGUCUGGAUUGUCAAUAAAUAAUGUUUUCAAAAUGAGUAACGUACAGGAGAUGAUGCAAGCCGGCCAGAAAGCCAGAGAGUCUCUGUUGGCACCUGCCGACAUGUCGGUAUUAAUCCAUAAAGAGGCCGCUGUCCUCGAUCCUCCUAAGUUUAGUGUUUGUGGUGGUUCUGGGGACAGGGGGCCAUUAACUGACUCAGCUCAUAAUACGAACGGGACCCAAGACAUCCCAGAGGGCACUCCUUCGACGUGCCCUCUGAAUGCCCGGCCACCUGCACUGACUAACACCAGUAAGACGUGUCCUACGUCCUUAACACCUUCCGGUGAAUUUGCUACCGCAAAAUUCCAUGCCACACCACUGUUCGGAAGUGUUAAAAAGGAAAAUAACAGCUCUCCCACAGCCAACAUAGGACUGAACAAGUCCUUACCUAAUCAGUCUUGUUUGCCCUCUGGCUGUGAAAAUCCAUGGGCGCAGAAAGCUUUUUAUGGUUCUGGCAUCAUCGAUGCACUUUCCACCCCAAUAGUGAAUAAGGCUUUUAGUAAAACAGAAGAUAACGGCCAGAGAGAAGAGAGUAGCCUGCCUGCUUUUAAAACUGCAAAAGAACAAUUAUGGAUAGAUCAGCAGAAAAAGAACCCCCAGCCCCAGCGUGUAUCAGGGUCAUCGUAUGGCGGUGUAAAGAAGUCUCUGGGAGCCAGUAGGUCCCGAGGCAUAUUUGGGAAGUUCGUUCCUCCUGUACCUAAGCAGGACGGGGGAGAGCAGCUUGGGGGAAUACAGUGUAAGCCUUCGGGCACAGGCCCGGCAGAACCAGCACACAUAGCUGACGAGCGUCUGAAGAACCUGGAGCCAAAGAUGAUCGAACUUAUUAUGAAUGAGAUAAUGGAUCACGGGCCGCCGGUAAAUUGGGACGAUAUCGCAGGAAUAGAAUUUGCCAAAGCCACAAUAAAGGAGAUAGUUGUGUGGCCCAUGAUGAGACCGGACAUCUUUACUGGUUUACGAGGACCCCCUAAAGGAAUUCUGCUCUUCGGGCCUCCGGGGACUGGCAAAACUCUGAUCGGCAAGUGCAUUGCUAGCCAGUCGGGGGCAACGUUCUUUAGUAUCUCCGCUUCCUCCUUGACUUCUAAAUGGGUGGGAGAGGGGGAGAAAAUGGUCCGGGCGUUGUUUGCCGUCGCAAGGUGCCAGCAGCCGGCUGUGAUAUUUAUUGAUGAGAUCGAUUCCCUGUUGUCUCAGCGAGCAGAUGGUGAACACGAGUCUUCUAGACGGAUAAAAACGGAGUUUCUGGUUCAGCUAGAUGGAGCAGCCACCUGUUCCGAAGACCGUAUUCUGGUGGUGGGGGCGACCAACCGGCCCCAAGAAAUUGACGAGGCCGCCCGGAGAAGGUUGGUGAAAAGGCUUUAUAUCCCUCUGCCAGAAGCUUCAGCUAGGAGACAGAUGGUGACGAAGCUGAUGUCCAGGGAGCGGUGUUGCCUGAGCGAGGAGGAGGUCAGCCUGGUGGUCCGGCAGUCCGAUGGCUUCUCGGGGGCUGACGUGACACAGCUGUGCAGGGAAGCGUCGCUUGGGCCCAUCCGCAGUUUACAAGCUGCUGACAUCGCCACCGUGACACCAGAUCAAGUCCGACCAAUAGCUUAUAUCGAUUUUGAAAAUGCUUUCAGAACCGUGCGGCCCAGCGUGUCUCCUAAAGAUUUAGAGCUUUACGAAAACUGGAACAGAACCUUUGGUUGUGGGCGGUAG